UUCUCUAUCAUUAGCAAUUUAUAAUCACCGGUCAAAGCUUGAUACAGUAAAUGAUAACCUUGCAUUUCUUUCCCGCUGGGCUAGAAUAAACAUGGCCUCUACGUCUACAGCCCAACAACUCCCUCGGAUGGAGACGACCUUCACCAGCAGCAUCAGUUGCUGCUCCGUUGUCCUCCUGCGAUUCCUAUGCCAGCCAGCCAGCCAAACCCACACCACACACGCAACGCAAGCACAUAUGCAUUGACUGCUCCCCAACUCCAGCUCCAGCUCCUCCCAUCCGACUAAAAGGUCAUAUAUAGACGCGCCGCCCGCGCGGACCGGCAGGUAGAACGGUCACAACUACUCACAAAGUCACAAGCCGAUCCCAGAGAAAGAAAGGAGGGUAACGCCUGGUAGGCAUGGCGGGGCUGCAGCGGUCGAGCGAGACGUUCCGGCGGUCGGGGUCGUCGGGGAGUGUGUGGGAGGACAAGCAGCAGCUGUCGGCGUCGGGCAAGGAGACGGCGGCCCCGGCGCGGAUGCAGCGUAGCGGCUCCAGCGGGGGGCACGGCGGGUACAGGGCGGGGCACGUCCAGCCCGCGCUCGACCCGCCCUCCCCGCGCGUCGCCGCCUGCGGCUUCUGCAGCCUCUUCGGCAAGCCGGCGCCCCAAAGCCAGCACCGCGCGGGCGGCGGCAGCGCCAAGGGGAAGCGCCGGUGAGCCAGCGACUGGCUUGCCGCGUGCGUUGCUUGUACGCCCAGCUAUGUACUGUACGCCAGCCAGGCUCGUGCACCAUCUUUUGUUAGCUCAGUUUGGGAGUCAGAAACUCAGGCAUGCAUGAACACGAUCAAACUACAGAGUGGAAAAUUGUGCUUGUACGCUCGCUGAGUUUUGUACGUGAUCCGUCACAUUGUACAGUCAUGUCUUUCAUCCUCUCUCGAUUCUCGCGUGAAAAAGAAACCAGAGGUGAUUUCCUUGCGUCGGCAAACAUGCAUCGAUCCGGUUUUAGGACAAUUAGACCGACAUGCAAGCUUUUGUCCGGCCAAGAAGAAAGCAGAUCAAAAUUGUUGGAGAGAAUGAGAUGUAAUGAUUAAGUGAAUAGGAGUUCAAGUUUUAUGACAUGUAAAUAUGAAUUCGUCAUAAGAAUGAUAUUGUUGCGCAGAU